AUGAACCCCCUCAUCUCCGCCUCGAAGCAGCAGCGCAUCGACGUCUGGCGAACCGAGGUGGCAGCCCUCACGCUCGCCGUCCCCGCCACCUCGGGAUCAUCCACAGCCUCGACGACGACGUCAUCAUCCGGCGCAUCGUCAGACGGCGGCCUCGGCCUCGGCUUCGGCGCCCUCCUCCCAGCCGGGGCCGCCGGCGUCGUGAGCGGUACGGCAUACCCGUUCCCGCCUCUCGGCCUGGACGACGUCGGGCAGCAGCAUGGCAGCGGCGACGGUCACCGACGUAGCCUGUGGCGCCGUCUCGCCCGUCGCGUCAUCCGGAGGGGAGGCGGCAGCGGCAGCGGCAGCGGUGCCGGCGCCGCCGUCUCAGACCUGAACCAUGGCAGCUUCAACCCUGGCCGCCGCGGUACCGCCGCCGGCGUCUUCGCCUUCGCCCACCGCCAUGACGGCGGCUACGUAGACUACGGCCCCGCCGCGGCAGACGACGAUGCCACCCACCACACCGACAUGUACAGGUCCCUCCGACCUACUCCCGAGUCAGACAUUGCUCCCGCCGCUGCUCCUGCCGCCGGGAGGCAGGAACAGGACCACCCUGAUCACGACCUAGAUCAUGCACUCGCCAGCCGUGACGAUGACGAUCCCGACUCCCGUCGUCUGCGGAACAGGCAUGAUCGCCUUCAACGAGCUGCACGUCUGUUGAAUCACCCUACUUUGUUCUACUUCUUCUCUUCUACAACCUCGGAUUCCCCUGCUUUUGGAGGUGCACUCUAG